AGGGAUUGGAUGAAAUUAAUUAGACCAGGUUUAAGAAUGAAGCAUAACAAUGUGCUACUAUCUUAAACGGUUAAUUUACGGGAAUACAUUCUCGGUGUCAUUUCUGAAUCUUUCCACGCUGGCUUUUCCUCUCUGUUUCCGUCUGCUAGCCCAGCCCCUGAGUGUAACUGCGCAGCGGAUUGGGCCUCGUUCCGGCGUUACGACACACCCUCCCUCCGCAGCCGGGGCGCCGCCACCUGAUGCUUGGCAGCCUAAACUUCAGUCCUGACAGAGAGCAGAGGAGCACAACGCUGCAGCUCUAGCUGUUUCCAAAGCAUUCAGCUUCUGUCUGUGGGUUUCUGAGGCUGUUUAUCCAUGAUAAGUACCAUCCAGGGGAGGGAGAGGCGUUGACUUUGAGGUUCCGCCGCGGCUCGGAGGCAAACUCACUGGAAAGAGAGAAAGGAAGUUUCACUUAAGAGGGAAAUGCGACGGCGUUCUAGAAAGAAGAAUGCAGUUCUGGGAGUUCUGCUUCUCAUCACUGUCCUGUACUUCCUCUAUCCAUUCGAUUUCCUGCUCACGGGUUGGAAUGGAUCGGCUCCCAAGCAACUGAACUGGCAGGUGGAGAGGCUCGUCAGUAAGGAGUCCUGGGCGGAGCAGGGAGAUUAUCUGCCUCUCAAUGUGACCUAUCAGCUGCUGGCAGGAACGCCAUCCACUCAGCAGAAGUUCCUAACCAUCGGCAUGUCGUCAGUCAAGCGGAAGAAGGGCAGCUACCUGGUUCCCACGCUGCAGUCGCUCUUCUCCCAGUCGUCUCCUGAAGAGCGCUCCUCCAUGGUGGUGGUGGUGCUGAUCGCAGACUUCAACGUUCGCUGGGUAACCAGUACCGUCAGGGAAAUCAACUCAACGUUUGCCUCUGAGCUGGACCGAGGCCAGCUUUUAGUCAUCCACGUGUCGCAGAAGUGGUACCCUCCUCUGACAGGCUUGAAGAGGAACUACAACGACGCUCCCGACCGGGUGUCGUUCCGCUCCAAGCAGAAUGUGGAUUACUCCUUCCUGAUCCACUACAGUGCAGGUCUGGGGCAGUACUACCUCCAGCUGGAAGAUGACGUCUUUUCAGCACAGAAUUUUCUCACAACUAUUCGGAAGCACAUUGAGGAGCAAAACGCAAAAAAGGGCAGGUGGGCAAUGUUGGAGUUUUCAGCCCUUGGUUACAUUGGGAAACUCUAUAAGUCCGCCGACCUUCCUCUUCUGGCCCGCUUCCUUUUUCUCUUUUACCAAGAAAUGCCUUGUGACUGGCUGAUGUCUCAUUUCCGACAGCUGAUGACCCAAAGAGAGACCAUCCUCUUUAAACCCUCGCUGUUCCAACACAUGGGCACUUUUUCGUCAUUCCAGGGAAUAUACAACAAGCUAAAGGAUAAGAACUUUGAAGAGGGGCUAUACACCAAUCCCUCAGCUGAAGUGUAUUCAAACAUUUCCACCUACCAGAAGUACUUCCCCAAACUGGCCUGGGAUCCCGGGGAGGGCUUCUUCUGGGGGCGCUCUCCAGAAAGAGGAGAUUAUUUGACGGUGGUGUUCCUGGAGCCUGUGGUGGUGACAGGGAUACUGGUGGAAACGGGAUCAGGAGGAAAGGACCUCCUGGACUCCGGUCAGGUGGAGCUAGGCCAAGACGUAUUCACUGCAGCAAUGAAGAGCUGUAAAACCUUCCAGUCACUGGGAGCUUUUAUGAAUGGAAAAUUUGAGAUGCGAGAGGUAGACAAACUGCACAGCUCUGCUUCUUCGUGUCUGAGGAUAUCGGUGACCGCCGGGCAGAAAGACUGGGUGAUCAUUCGGAAAAUAAGAAUCACAACGAAGUCCAGCGCAUCCUGACGCCAAAUGUAGCUGGUUUGUCUGUCUUUCAGCCUGACUAACAUUUGGCUUUCCAGUUGGAGUAAGGCAUCCAACUGGAUAUACUGGUGGUGGUGACGGGAAGUUGGGGUGUAUGGUGCUAAACUGUUUCUGUUAUGAAACAUUGACCAUACCUCAGUGGAGCUGCUUCCAACCUGGAGAUGUUUGACCAAAGCAAAUGAUGUACAGAAAUUAAACAGCCAUAGUAAAUAAUAAACUAAAUCCAUUUGGUCUUUUUGUUUCUUACUGUAAGAAUCUGCAGCAUUUUUUUAUGCUCCAUUUUUCUCUAGACUAUUGUAUUUGUACCUUUUUUCUUAAAGUAUAAAUCAUUUUUUGCAAAUGUUUUCUUGCAUCACAUUUUCUAGAAGGAAACCUGUGCUACCUCACAGAUCAAAUGUGUCAUUUUCUUGGACCAAAGCUUGUGUACUUCAGUCUUUAAUUAUAUGUAAAACCCUCAGAUCUAUCUGUAAUAUCUAUCAGAGUAGCUGCGUUUCCAUUGACUAUAUGAUUGCGCAAUUUGACGUAUCGAAAAUAAAUUUGCUGCUUCAAAAAUACAGGUUUAUUACCAAGAAGUUUGGCAAUAAACCAAACUUUUUGGUUAAUAGAAAAUAUUUUCUAUUGGUUUAUUUUGCAAUAAACCAAUAGAAAACCUUUUUUUUGGCAUCACACAACUCACUUGAUCAAUAAAUGGAUAUCACCAUUGGUACAAACUGCAAAGAAGAAUACAGGAAGUAGUAGAAGGAUAAUGCAGUGCUCAUGUGUAAUUUUAGUUGCGUUUCUUAUUUAGUAGAAACACCGCAAUUGUGAAAUUGUUUUUUUUUGGGUUUUUUUUCCUCCAGACAAAUCAAUUGUUAUCCUUUAUCUGAAAACUGUUUCAAGGUAAAAGAUGUGAGAUUUGUUGUCUGACCAAAGCUGUUAUUUAUGCAAAGGUGUGAGUUUGUCACACAACAAAAACUGAUGCUAAAUGUCCUGACACCCAAAACCAUUAGAAUUAUGCACCAACUGGUUACUGGUUCAAAGGUUUACUGAUAAAGGUUUUUGACUUUUAUUAUAAUUAUUUCCACUUCCACGGCUGUGUUCAAAAUAAUAUUGUUCUAGUCCAAUAAAUCAAACCAUUUUUG